GAUCUCAGACAAUUCUAGUAAAAAAAGUCUAAUAUACCAUGUAGUAACUGCUUGUAAAUUGAUUUAGUAAAAUAAUAAUAAUAAAGAGAACCGUAGCCGUCAGCGAGCUAACUGUGUGAAAUUGAAUAUGUUUAAAAACAUGACACAUGGUCCAGUGACCUCCCACAGGGGUUUGAAUUUCUCUUGUUAUGUGCAGUAGUUUUCACUCACGGUGUAACUGAGAAAGAGCUGACGGGAUCUAAACCCUAACCCCCCGGCCCCCACUGCUCCACCGUCUUCAGCUUCGAGGUGAGUUAUGGGCUCUUUAUGGCCUGUGUCACAAUGGAACGGCAAUCUGUUUAGAGACAAUGAGAUGAGGUAAUGAUGCCUUGUGCUCAUGUGCAGUACGCUGCGCUGCCUGCGAGUGUCUCGGCGGCAAUGACCGCCUCUCACAGCCAGGGGGACACAGAGAGACAGAGACGGUCGGUGGAAAGGGCAGCGCUCAUUUGCAUGAGAAGAGCUCUUCAGGCCAAUGGCCAGACUGAAGAGGGGGACGAUCUGAUCCAAGAGGAAGUGACGUGUCGGGUUUCACUCUCCUCCACCUUUUUCUCUGGCAAGACACACAGAGAGAGAGAGAGAGAGAGAGAGAGAGAGAGCGAGGGAGAGGAAGACUAAGUGAGAAAGAAGGGGCGAGUAGGGUAGAAGUAAAUGGGCCAAGCAGCAGUCUCAUUCUUCCUCUGUGAGAUCACGGAGCAGCAGCAGAAUGUGUCAGGAUCAGCUUGACUCCAGAAAGAAAGAGUGAGUCGUACUCCAAGACAGAAAGGACGAGGACAGGAGGACGAGGGACAGAAGGCAGGAAGGGUGGAAGAGGAGACUUUUAGGACUUUUGGGAUCUACUCUGUCCAUAAAGGAUCUAGUGGAGAAGCGUUCCCCACGGGGGCUGAGCUACAGCCCUGCCCCGGAGUUGGCAGAAGUGCCGCUGCAGCACGAGCAAAAUGAACUAUCUGAACGUGUUGGCCAAGGCGUUGUACGACAACGUGGCAGAGUCUCCAGAUGAGCUGUCCUUUCGCAAGGGUGACAUAAUGACGGUGCUGGAGCGGGACACACAAGGCCUGGACGGCUGGUGGCUCUGCUCGCUCCAUGGUCGCCAAGGCAUCGUGCCAGGGAACCGCCUCAAGAUCCUGGUUGGCAUGUAUGACAACAAGCAGCAGCAUCAACAGACCACACCCACAUCGCAAGAUCCCAUAGCUCCAUGUCCCACUUCACUGGCCCAGAGACCCCUCCCUGCUCAAAGUGCUUAUGCCAAACCAACACCUGCAGCCUUGCCUGGCGCCAUUGCUACAUCAUCCCCUGGGUUUGCCAACAAGCCCCUCCCAGGGGUUCAGUACACGUCCAUCCACUCCGCCUAUUCCACCCCAGUCCCCGCUAAGCCUAACCCUGACUCGGUCUACAUGAUGCCGCCCUCCCACUCCCCAAAACCAAACCCUCAAAGUGUGUACCAGGUGCCGUCUGGCCCAGUUGGUCCCAGCCCACAGGCUCAGCCAGGACCUCCCAGCAAGGCCCCAGCUUUAGCUCAGAGGCAGUACCAGUUGCCUGGAAAGGACAUCUACCAGGUGCCUCCGUCUUUAGGCCCAGUGCCAGGCAAGGGAGCAGCUCUCGGUGGUGGUACAGGAGUUGGGCAGGAUGUUUACCAGGUGCCUCCAUCUCUGGAAAAGAGGGGCUGGGACAGUAGCAGCAAGGCACUAGGAAAGGUGGUCGUUCCUACCCGGGUUGGACAGGUGUAUGUCUACGAUACAGUGAAAACAGACCAGGAUGAGUACGAUGUACCACCCAGACAUCCUCCACCACCGCAGCAGGACAUAUAUGAUGUUCCACCGACCCGGCAACAGUACAACACACAGGUGUAUGACACUCCUCCCAUGGUGGCAAAGGGUCCCUCUAGUGGUCAAGAUAUAUAUGACACCCCACCAAGCAAAGACAAGAACACACCUCAGACGGUCUACGACUUCCCACCGUCCGUCAGCAAAGACGUUCCUGAUGGUCAGGCCGUUAGAGAAGAGACCUAUGACGUACCGCCUCACUUUGCCAAACUCAAGUCCCAAGUCCCUACUGGCCAGUACCUGCACAACAACCUCGCCGAGGAUGACAACGAACCACCCAUACCUGAGGACGUGUAUGACGUUCCACCGCCCAUCCUGGCCGACAAACAUUACCACAGAGACAGGACUGGAUUAAGUCAGGCCCCCCAGGAGAUCUAUGACAUCCCAGCCAGCCUGCGAUCAGCCGGACCACUGACUCAGGAUGUCUACGACUUUCCCCGGGAACGGGAAGACAGAGGUGGAGACAGAGGAGACCAAUAUGUCUACGACAUCCCACCGCAGGUUGUGCGAGACGCCCAGCCCGGCAGCGAGGAGCUGACCAUGUCCUUCAAGCGGCUGUCUGCCUCGAGUACCGGAAGCACGCGGAGUAACCACUCCGCUUCGUCCUUGGACAUGGUUCCUGUCCGUGACACGUCAUCUACGUCCUCACUCCCCGGUCCUGGCUGUAUAUCAGGGAAGCCCCUGAUCUUGGAUCUGGAGCAGGCCAUGGAUCGCCUGUCCCGCCUACAGCAGGCCGUCGAGUCCAGCGUGUCCCUCAUGAUGUCAUUCAUCACAGGGAGCUGGAGAAGCCCCGACCAUCUGGAAGGGAACCUCCCAGCCAUUCACCAGGCAGCAGAUAGAGUGCGUGCCACGGUUCGAGACUUCCUAGAGUUUGCCCGUGGGGCAGUAGCCAACGCAGGCCAGGCCACGGACCGCUCUUUGCAGACUAAACUGAGCCGUCAGGUGGGGAAGAUGGAAGAGGUCUUUCAGAGUUUGGUUCGACACAGUCAGAGCUUGGACGCCAUUUCUUGGUCACACGCGGCCCUCGCGGUCCCGCAGCCAGGGGGCGAUGACUUGGAUCGACUAAUCAUGACGGCGCGAGGCAUUCCAGACGAUGCCAAGCAGCUCGCCUCUUUUCUCCACGGUAACGCCUCGCUUCUCUUCAAACGAAACAACAGGCAGCAGCAGCAGCUGCCGCUCCCACCAAUCCCGGGGGAGAUCAGCGGCCAUAUGACGGGGUCGGGAAGUGGAACCUAUCAGGGAGGGGAGAAAGUGAACAUUCAGUCACGGCCACUCCCGUCUCCACCCAAGUUUACAGCUGCGGAAGAGGAGGAAGGUGUGGACCGGCCAUAUGAGACCACAGAGGGGGGCUGGAUGGAGGAUUACGACUACGUACAUCUACAGGGUAAAGAGGAGUUUGAGAAGAACCAAAAACAGCUGCUGGAGAAAGGCAACAUCAUCCGGCACAACAAGACACAGCUGGAACAGCAACAGAUUAAACAGUUUGAGAGGCUAGAACAAGAGGUCAGCCGGCCAAUCAACAACGACAUGACGGGCUGGGUCCCGUCCCCACAUCACCCUCUGACCAACCAGCUGGCCCAGAACGGCUCUGGGGGGUCAUCUGUUUCCAAACUGUGUCACGGUGACCGGCAGCUCCUGCUGUUCUACCAGGAGCAGUGUGAGCAGAACGUCACCACCGUGACCAACGCAAUCGAUGCCUUCUUCACCGCUGUCAACUCCAACCAGCCGCCCAAGAUCUUUGUGGCCCACAGCAAAUUUGUCAUCCUCAGCGCACACAAGCUGGUUUUCAUCGGCGACACGUUGUCGCGCCAGGCCAAGUCUCCGGAGGUUCGGGCGCGAGUGGCUCAGAGCAGCAACGCGCUGUGUGAAAAACUGAAGGAAAUCGUUAUCAGCACAAAGACGGCGGCACUUCAGUAUCCUUCCCCCGGUGCUGCCAGAGACAUGACUGAGAGGGUGAGGGAGCUGGCAGGGUACACGCAGCAGUUCAGAAUGGUACUGGGACAACUGCUGGUGAUGUAGAGGUUUGGAAAGUGACACAGACCGAGAUGUCCCGGCACCUGGGGCAGUAAAAUCUCCUAUUACGCUCUCUUUCACAGGGUUAAUGAACCUGGAGCUCCGCGGAGCACAGAGUGCUUCUGAACACAAAGUCCGCUCUUACAGCUGUGAUGGGAGAGCCCGUGUGCCUCCGUCAUUCCUUACGCUCCUUACACGUCUUGUGGAAAACCCUCUUUGGCACUUGGCCUCGAGGGGUCUGAGACCCCGCCCGGCAUCAAGAAGCCGACCUCAGAUCCAUCUUCUGUCUCUCUCAGCUCCCUCCUCCUCCUCCUUCUCUUACUGGGACCAUUCUCACCACCUUCUUCCACGACGUGCUUUUUAUUCUAGUCAAACUUGAGGAACAUUUUCUCAUCAGUGGGCUGGGCCAAUGGUUGUAAAAUAAUCGUUGUAAAUAUUUAAGUCACAUAUUUAGUCAGAAAAUCUGAAUGAUUAAGACUCCAGAACUUCCAUUAUAUAUAUAAAUAUAUAAAUAUAUGGCUCAUUUGGGUUUGUUUUUUUUUUUUUUUUUGUCUUUUUUUUGGAGGAAAAUAUGAAAACAUAAGUGUAGUUUUUAGACACUAUCAAUAAUUGUUAUUAUAAUUAUUGCUUUACUGUAUGAUUACGGCUCUGACUCUUGAUUCUUGUAUCAUUAUUGUAAUGGCUGUGUAAAUUCCAGACGGUAUGUAUGACUGUGUUGUAGUACUUCCUGUGCGCUACGCCAUCCCUGAGACAAAGGCACAUGUUUUUUAACACUCAACCACACCUGCGUUUAAUUACUUCACUUGAUGUCAAACACCAGAGGCAACAUGUGACCGAAAAAAAUACAACAUGAAAAUUGUAUGUGACCGUUUACCAUUUUCACUAUUUAUUUACUUCAAAAACUCCAUUUAGCCAAAUUAAUAUGGAGUUAAUUUCUGCUCUAACCACUAGGUGGGGCUGUACCCAAACAGUUUUAUGGAAAAGAUAGUUUAUGUGACAUAAGAGACUAAAAGAUCUUUGAGCUUGAAACACAUGGAACAACACAAAAAAAGUCAUUGUAAACAUUACUGGUAAAACAUGACACAGUGAACAGGUUCAUGAAACACAAACAGCCUAAAGGAAGUUUGACUUAAAGAUUGAUGCACAUCUUGCAUAACUUGCUAACACAUUUAAAAGUUGUUUUUUUUAAUCCAGAAGUAGCCACAUUAGCAUGUGGUAAAAAAAGGUACCAUAGGAUAAACAGUUUUAGCAUUUAAAUUUCCAUAAAUGGCAACUUCCUAAACUUUCUAAUGUAGCAUAAGCAGUGUAUGCUAACAGUUUCGCUCCUCUCUUAAGUUAAUGGGUGUCGUUGUUUUGCCUAAAAUACAUAAUACUAUUACUAUAAUAAUACGGCAAAGCAUUUUAAUUCAGAAGCAUACAGCGGAGGAAGCUUACUUAGACCCCUAGCUUAUUUGCUAACAGACCCUGCUGGCUGGCCGUUAAAAAUUAAGAAGAUGAUAAUAAAAACAGUUUUUCAAUUUUUGGGGCUUUAUCCAAAAUUUCUACCACAACCACAAAGAUCAUUAAAACAUGCAGUGUGUGAGAAAUAUACAAAAUACAAAAGUUAUUUAUUGUUGAUUAGUAGCCAUUUUGCCACCAGCUAAUUGUUCAAAGCCUGGGAACAACAUGACAAUGACAGAAAGUUCACAGAUCAUUUAAAAAUGUUAUGUUAUAUUUUUUUUUUUCAAAAUAUUUCAAAACCUGAGCACAGGCUAAUGCCAACCGUAAAUGUGCCAAACAUUGAAAAAAAGGUCACAAAACUAAGAUAAAAGUACGUUUCACUGGGCAUGUUGUCUUUAGGGGAAGCGAAGGUAGAUGUUAAAAUACUGUCCACAUGUUGCCUCUGUGUUUAACUGAUCAAGUUCCUGCAGGGGUCUCAACUAGUUUUUUUAGACCUCAAUCCAUCGUUGCAGACAACACCUGCUGCCAGAAGAUGGCAGCACUACUGUCCAGUUCCAAAACUGCAGUUAUUCCAUAUGAUCUGAGUGCCAUGUCAGUGUUCUUGCUUUUUUUGGAAAUGUAUACGUAGGUUGUUUUGUAAGAGGCAUGUAUUUGAGAAAAAGGAGUGUAAUACGGUUCAAGACAACAAAUGAAAUUAAACCUGCUUUGUCUUCUCUUUA